CCGUGCCUCGCGGGCAUUCUGUGCUAUGGGCAUGCCGAAGCGUGCCACAAGUCUGUGGCCAUGGAAAACUGUUGUUGGCGUCCUGGGUCUCAUCCUGCUGUUGGGGGUGCUCUCGGUGCGAGACGUGAACGUUGAGCGAGGCACAAGGCCCAGCUCUUCGGCAGUGCAGGCUGCGUUGGAGGCUUUGGGGCACAGUCCACCGAGUCCACCGAGUCCACCGAGUCCACCGAGUCCCAGUUGGCCUCAGCCGCCAGAGACAUCCAAGGAGGGCUCAGCUUCGUGGAUGCGGCCGCGAGGUGAUCCCUUGGCAUCUUCGCGGUUCGGCUUUUACCUCCAUGUGUACGCGGACCCCGCAGCGGUGAUCCACCAGGUUCGCCAGGUAAAAGUACACUUUCCCGAGUCGCCUAUCUACGUCAUGAGUGACGGCGGCAUGGAUUUCCACAACCUCUGCCAGCAAGAGGGCUGCGUUUUCGCGCUGUGCCCGCCAGCCAACGAUCGCUGGCAUCCGUGGCCUUUCUUUCGGCGUAUGUACGACGCAGCGUUGACCCUCAACACCGAGUUCAUCAUCAUGCUGGAGCCCGACAACACGCUGCAUGGGCCCAUCCAGCAUGCUCCUCUGCAUGCAGCGGGCGGUGUGCGCGUGCCGAAACGCUCCUUCAUGUUCAAAGAACAUGUCGAGCAGCUGGCGCAGGAACGGGUGCCUGGAUUCCGGUGGAGUGAGGAGUCCAUGAAAGCCGGGCUCUGUGGAGGCGCUUACUUCCGCUCCGAGGCAGUGCUGGAUGCCCUCGCUGACGAGCAGGUGAUGCGGAUCGACUGGAACAUGUUGGCAGAGAAGACGGACAAAGAGGUCUUCUCUUCCGACUUCGCCCUGCAAUAUGCACUUGCAGCUCGCGGCUGGGUGGUUGGGAGCUGGGAAGAGGUGGCUCAGAUGGACAAAGACAAGGACAUGCCGCUGGAGGGGUCAAAGGAUGCAGCCUUCCGGCAUUAUUGCUCCUGUUAUCCUGGGGGCAAGCCCACGUACCAACUCAGCUUGAAGCCAGAGGACGAGUCCUUGGCUGCACCGGCGCCGGCAGAGUACAACGUGGCCAAUGGCAAUUGCCAACUUUGCUAUAAUCUCGAGAGAUACAUUGAGAACUGGGGCUCGGCAAAGUGCACGAACCGUCUGCCCUUCACCUACUCUCAGAUUCUCAUGGACAGGUACCACCCAGAGCUGAGAACGAAGCCCUGCGAACUGCCAACGCUGUGCAGGGCAGUGGAGCCUACCAGGAUGGAAGGCUCUGAGGAUUCGAAGUACGGCUUUUACUUGCACGUGUAUGCAGACCCAGCAGCCGUGAUUUUUCAGGUGCGGCAGCUGCGGAAGUUUUUCCCUGGCUCGCCGAUCUAUGUCAUGAGUGAUGGCGGGAUGGAUUUCGGCCCCCUCUGCAAGCAGCAGGGCUGCACCUUCGUGCAGUGCCCGCCGGCCAACGACCGCUGGCACCCCUGGCCAUUCUUUCGCCGCCUCUACGACGCAGCUCGCAGCCUUCAGACUGAGUAUGUCAUCAUGCUGGAGCCAGACAACACGAUUCACGGACCGAUCAAACGAGCGCCCAAGCAUGAUGCAGGAGGCAUUUUCGUGAAGGACCGCUCCUUUGGUUUGGUGGACUACGUGGAGGCGCAGGCACAGAAGCGUGUGCCAGGCUUCAAGUGGACCAAGCAGGCCAUGUCAGCUGGACUGGCAGGUGGAGCUUACUUCAGGAGCGAGGCGAUUUUUGACGCCUUCUCGGAUGAGAACAUGAUGAAGCUGGACUGGAACAUGCUUGGUGAGAAGGCGACCAAGGAGAUCUACUCCUCGGACUUCGCCAUGCAGUAUGCUCUGGCGGCACGGGGCUGGCGCAUGGAGCCCUGGGAGGAGACCGCGCAGAUGGACAAGCACAAGGACAUCCCACUCACCGGGCCCAAAGACGCGGCCUUCCGGCACUAUUGCUCCUGCUACCCUGGAGGCAAACCCACUUACAACAUCAAGCUCAAGAAGGAGGAUGCCAAGUUGGCACUGGACCCCCUGCCGGAGUUCCAGCGUGUGAACUCUGUUUGCCAGCUGUGCUACAAUCUCUCCCGAUAUGUGAAGCUCUGGGGCUCGGCGCGCUGCACCAACGAGCUGCCCUUUCAGUACUCCCAGCUGCUCCUGGACAGGUAUCACCCCGAAGUGAAGCAAGGAAAGUGCGAGCUUCCCUGGCUCUGCGAGCCCAACAAGAGGUAGCCGCAAAAGAUGCGGAUGGACAAGUCGGGGACUUCGAAGAUGGCGGUGGAUUGAGGCAUGCAAUGUUUGGAUGAUUAGUGCUUUCAAAAGCUAGGGCGGGAUCGAGCAAGCAGAGAUAUGUCUCAAGUGCAUGAGCUCUGG